CUUUUAAAUUGGCUGCUUAGGUAUGCGUAACUCAAUUUUUUAGAGUUUUAUAGUAAUAAUGAAAAAUAAGAAGAUAGUAUCGAUAUAAUUUUGUAACUAAUUUUUAUUAUAAAAAUCUGUCAAUGAAAAUUGUCCACAUCUUUUGCCGAGUUUCUGGAAACACCAUAGCUUAAUGAGAACUGAUGAAAUUACAUUUUGCACGGACUUUAUCUUGUUGAAAUCAUAAAGCAUAGAUUUGUUAACUAAAUUGAAGCUAUUUUAGUGUAUCUACCUUAACUGGUGGUGGUAUGGAAAGGACGGUUACAGUUAAGUGUCGUUUCUGUAAAAAAAAAUAGUUUCUAUUGUGUAUAGUUCAUAAAUAUCGACAUUCGUAAUGUCGAUGACAAAAGGGAAGUAGUAAGAACAAGAUAACAUUCGGCUUCUUAUUGUAAGAUGGUUUCUUAUAACGGAGAAACCUAUGAGUUUGUGUAUACGCUUCAUGCAAGGUGUCUGCAAUGGUGUAUCGGUUUAAUAAUGGGAAAAGUAAUGUUUACAUGAAUAAUAUAAUCGUGCACACAUGUAUAUUUGUAACACAGUGAAUAGAAUGGGAAAGCAAAACGGAUCUUGUUGGUGGUUUAUGAAAGCCAUAAAAUGGAUACCAGUUAUAUUCAUCUUGUUGAUUGUCUCGUGGUCGUAUUAUGCUUAUGUGGUGCAGUUAUGUUUUUAUACAGUAGAUAAUUAUGUUCAAAAAGCUUUUUAUUUGUUUUUUUAUCAUGUCUUGUUUCUACUAUUUUUAUGGUCCUACUGGCAAACUGUAUUUACAGACUUAAUAGAAAUACCAGACAAGUUUAGAAUACCAAAUGUAGAAAUGGAAAAAUUUCAACAAGCUGAAACAGAAGAAGCACAGAGACAAAUCUUAGAGAGAUUUGCACAACAUCUUCCACUUACAAAUCGCACUAUAAAUGGAGGUAUUUGUGAGAAAUGUCAGUUAAUCAAGCCAGAUCGAACACACCAUUGUGGUAUGUGUAGUACAUGUGUUUUAAAAAUGGAUCACCAUUGUCCAUGGGUGAAUAAUUGUGUAGGUUUUCACAAUUAUAAAUUCUUCAUAUUGUUCCUGGGAUAUGCCCUUCUUUAUUGUAUAUUUAUCACUGCUACAUCUUUACAAUUCUUUAUACGUUGUUGGAAAAGAGAAUUGGAUGGGCAUGGAAUGGGCAAAUUUCAUCUACUAUUCUUAUUCUUUGUCGCCUUAAUGUUUGCAAUUACUUUAAAUUCCCUUUUCUUUUAUCACUGCUACCUUGUUUUACAUAAUAGGUCUACUUUAGAGGCAUUUACACCACCUAUGUUCCGCACAGGAAAGGAUAAAGAUGGUUUUAGUCUUGGAAAGUACAAUAAUUUCCAAGAAGUAUUUGGUGAUAAUCCUAAACUAUGGUUCCUUCCUGUUUUUACUAGUCUUGGAAACGGUGUCACCUAUCCGGUACGUGCGCAACAUCAAGGCACACCCAAUACUUACGACUCCAUGGGCAGUACUCGAAACAGGUCCGCCAUUGAUCAAAUGACAUUGGUAGAAGAAGCUACAAUUUUGGCACUUGGCACUGGCACUGCUGUGAUAGGUCCUGCAGUAGAUGCCAAUCAACCACUGGUGGAUGCAACUGAAGUUGUUUGA